CCCGAAAACCCGUAAAGUCAAGCGCGCGGGCUCGGUCGUUCCAGGCCAGGAUCGCAGGGACAGAUAUCCGUAUUCCAUUACAGAAGAUCGGCAACGGGGAUGCCUCAUAGGGUUGUGAUUUUUUCGCAGACUCCAACGAACGGUGCGUCGUUCAUUGUCGGCGACCAACCGUUCAAGGAUUUGAACUUCCACCCGCUGGACCGACCAGUGACGAGUGAUCGGAAUCAGACUCUGAGACAAAGCCAUCAGGAGCCCGGGCCCCGGAGCCGAAGUCAGAUUAGAAUCGGGAACAAUGCUACCACGUCCCUGAACCAAAACCCUGGAUAUUGGCUCAGCUGAGGCCUCGGAAGUCGGAGAUCAGACUCCCAGGACGGUUGUCAGGGCUUUCAGCCAUGGUGACUAAUGAAGAUCACGUAACUAUGAAAUGGACAAUGCAGCAGUUCUGUUGAUAUAGACGAGCUCAUAGGAGAGUUACGACGCAGUUGAGAUCGUUUGACCCGGGCUGCUUACAUCUAACAUAGCUCGGGAAAGCUGAAUCCUGCCUGCGGAUCAUACCAGGGCGGAUUCCUGAGGUGACCGCGGCGCGGUCACCUGAAACUGCUGGAACACCUGACUCCUGACGAUGCGAGACUCGGAUACCACACCUGACGAUGACGAUAUCUGCCCGGCUCGGCACUCGGCGGGAUGCCGCUGGUAUCGUGUUGGCUCAGACCUCAGCGCAUCUCAACAGCUGACUGAGCGUCGGCCGGCACCGGCGGACGGACAGGGGCGCAAAAACCGCACCUCUGCAAUGGCCACGCUCCGAACUCGAAGCCUCGGCGGCGCCCGUCAGGCUGUCCGGGGUGCCACUGUCAGAGACCGUACCUGCCACUCCCCGCGGCCCCAGCGGACGGCCGUGGUGAGCCGACAGUCGGCUGCGGCACGAGCGACGGUGGACGGCGUCCGACGCAGUGCUGGGGGCAAGGCCCUAUAUACCAGCUGCCACCAUGAGCGGCGACCUGUACCGCAAACUGGACGGCGCGCUCAGCCAGCUGCACAUCACAAACUCGACGCCGCAGGGCUACAGCAGCGCCGAGACCAAGCAGCGCAAGGUGGCGCCCGUUGUGCCGCCCAAACCGAAAAAGCCGUCUCAACAGCAGGUGGCCGGAGGGGACGCCGACCUGCCACCGGGCGCGGUCGGCGCGCCGCGGCUGCCCAGCCAGCCGCUGCCGCCGCCGCCCGAGUUUUCGGCGCAGCAGGCGGCAGCCGGCGGCCAGGAGCUGCCACCGCCGCCGCCUCCCUACGUGCCCUCUCAGUACGCGUACGGCCAGCACGGCACCAACGGCUCGGCCGGCUACCCGGCGCCGCCGCCAGAGGACGACCUGCCGCCGCCGCCGCCGCCCGAACUGUACGUGGACUCGUCCGAGUACAGCGGUGAGCUGCCGGCGCCGCCCUCCCCCGUCAGCUCGAGCUACUCGGAGCUGCGGCGCGCCAACCGGGGCGCGCCGCCGCCCACCGUGCCCAGCGCCGCCAACCAGUUCAACGCCUACGCGCCGCUCUCGCAGACGAGCUCCACGUACGAGUCCAUCUACGAGCCGAUGCGGCCGCGGCCGGGGGGCGGCGGCGGGGGCGGUCAGCGGCCGGCGCGCGGCCAGUACCCGCUGAACGGACCGUUCGUGGCGCCGGGCGCGCAGGGCCUGGCGCCGGCACCCAGCGCUCAGCCCAUCACCAACCCGGACCGCACCGGCCGGGAGGCCGAGGUGGACUCGCUGACCAGCCUGCUGGUGCACGGCCUCGACAACCCUCAGCCAGACUUCUUCGGUAUGUGCUCCAAGUGUGGAGACAAAGUGGUCGGCGAGGGCACGGGCUGUACGGCCAUGGAUAAGGUGUUCCACGUGGACUGCUUCACGUGCCACGGCUGCCACUCACUGCUGCAGGGACGGCCCUUCUUCGCCGUCGAGAACAAACCGCACUGCCAGGAGUGCUACAUGGACACCCUGGAGCGCUGCAGCGUGUGCACCAAGCCGAUUCUGGAGCGGAUCCUGCGCGCCACCGGAAAGCCCUAUCACCCAGAGUGUUUCACGUGCGUCGUGUGCGGGAAGUCGCUGGAUGGUGUGUGCUUCACCGUCGACGCCGCCAACCAAAUUCACUGCAUCGAGGAUUUCCACAGGAAAUUCGCGCCCAAAUGCAGCGUGUGCCACGAGCCCAUUAUGCCGGAGCCCGGUCAGGAGGAGGCCGUCAGAGUGGUCGCUCUCGAUCGCAGCUUCCACGUCUCCUGCUACAAGUGUGAGGACUGCGGACUCGUGCUGUCAUCCGAGGCUGAGGGCCGGGGCUGCUACCCGCUCGAUGGCCACGUCCUGUGCAAGAACUGCAACGCCAAGCGCGUGCGCGCCCUCACAUCGCGGAUGACGACCAAUUUGUAAGGAGCCGCGUGAAACCGAGAGGCGGCCGGCGGACGUUGACUGUCCCGUGCCAUAUUGUGCCGUUCGAAGUGCUGUGCUUACCGUGAAAGGGCUUAUUUGUAAUCUGACCACGUGACACCGGCUGCACGGUGAUGGCACCGAGGAACGGUGCCAGAAACCGAGCCGGACGGUGUCCUUCUGACCUUAGUUCGCGCCUUUUUGGUGACCAAUGGGUUGGAUAUAUCGUAAUGCUUUUUAUUUACGAUGUAAGUGUGUUAUGCUUGUGCUGUCAAAGCAUUAUUUUGAGAUUAUUUACAAUUUUCUAUUCCACUAGCAUUUCAUCGUCUUUUGAAUUAGUGGCGCUGUAGGUAUAGCUUUCACAUGUGAUUGGUGAAUGAUUAGAAAUUAGUCAUUAUCGCAUACAAUAAUGCGAAUGCAAGUAUCUUUACUUGACCAUUCCUGAAUGAUAUGAGGGUGUAUGUGAAAUCGUCGGAUCGCUAUUCAAUAAAUGAUUCUGUGCUUGAUA